UCUUCUUUUUCCCAGCACCCUAUUUACUAACGUCCAUUCACCGCCGUUUACCUCUCCCUCCCUCUUCUGCAACAACAACAACAGCACUUUCUCUCUCUUCAUAACAAUUCGCCAUUAACACGACUAUCCUCUCUCUCUUUCUUACAGUUCACGCCAAACGCCUGUUCUCUCUUCAUUUCAUUCUUCUCUCUUUCUCUCUCUCCAGUAUUCACACACGCACUACUGCGAGUGUCAUGCCUGGUGCUACUGUCACUGUUACUCCAUGAACAGCUCAAUUUUGAGGUAAUUUGACUGUUUUAUUUGGUUUCAAGGAAGAAACUGCGUUUCUCUCUGCAUACAUUGUUGCUGUAAUCGAUGAUGGAGAAGAAUAUAGCGUUUCCGACUAAGAAGGUGCUUGGAUUAUGUGUGUUAAUGGCGGUUUUACUGACUCUGGUUCCGUGCACGAUGUCUCUCAACGACGAAGGGAAAGCAUUAAUGUCUAUAAAGGCGUCGUUUAGCAAUGUCGUUAAUGUGCUUCUGGAUUGGGACGAAGAUCAGAACGACGAUCUCUGUUCAUGGAGAGGAAUUCUAUGCGACAAUAUCAGCACAACUGUAGUUGCUUUGAACUUGUCAAAUUUGAACCUCGGAGGCGAAAUUUCUCCCGCCAUUGGAGACUUGAGAAAUCUACAGUCUGUAGAUUUGCAGGGAAACAAACUCACAGGACAAAUACCAGAUGAAAUAGGCAGCUGUGUUUCUCUAGUGCUCCUCGAUUUAUCUGACAACAUGCUGUAUGGUGACAUACCAUUCUCGAUCUCAAAGUUGAAGCAACUUGAACUAUUGAACCUGAAGAACAACCAAAUCACAGGCCCUAUCCCCUCAACACUAACUCAAAUUCCGAACCUUAAGACUCUGGAUUUGGCUCAGAAUCAGCUGACUGGUGAGAUACCAAGAUUGAUUUACUGGAACGAAGUAUUGCAGUAUCUAGGUUUGAGAGGCAAUUCAUUAACUGGGACUCUAUCUGCUGAUAUGUGCCAGUUGACUGGUCUUUGGUAUUUUGAUGUUCGUGGAAAUAAUUUGACUGGCACAAUUCCAGAUAACAUUGGCAACUGUACAAGCUUUGAGAUAUUGGAUAUUUCUUACAAUCAGAUCACUGGUGAAAUCCCAUACAAUAUUGGGUUCCUUCAAGUGGCUACCUUGUCUCUUCAAGGCAACAAGUUGACUGGAAAAAUCCCAGAAGUCAUUGGUCUAAUGCAAGCGCUGGCAGUUCUGGAUUUAAGCGAGAAUGAACUAGUGGGACCAAUUCCCCCAAUCUUUGGAAACUUAUCCUUCACUGGAAAACUUUACCUUCAUGGGAAUCAACUCACAGGACCAAUUCCACCAGAGCUUGGCAACAUGACAAAACUUAGCUAUCUCCAGUUGAACAACAACCAUUUAACCGGUGGAAUCCCUCCUGAACUUGGGAAUCUUGAUCAGCUUUUUGAAUUGAACCUUGCACUCAAUGAUCUUGAAGGACCUAUCCCAGAAGGCAUUAGUUCUUGCACUGCUUUAAAUCAACUCAAUGUACAUGGGAACUUCUUAAAUGGAUCAAUUCCUUCCGGAUUCCGGAAUCUAGAGAGCUUAACUUAUCUGAACCUUUCAUCGAACAAAUUUAAGGGGACUAUACCGUUUCUACUAGGGAGAAUAAUCAAUCUAGACACGUUGGAUCUCUCAAGCAAUCAUUUCUCGGGUCCCAUUCCUGCUUCUAUCGGCGAUUUGGAGCAUCUUCUUACGCUGAAUUUGAGCCAUAAUCACCUUGAUGGCUCAAUACCACAGGAAUUUGGGAAUUUAAGAAGUGUCCAAAUUAUUGACAUGUCAUUCAACAAACUCCACGAAGCUAUACCAGUAGAAAUGGGACAGCUACAAAACAUCAUUUCUCUAAUCUUAAAUAACAACAACCUAAAUGGAGUAAUUCCUAAUCAGUUAUCCAACUGCUUCAGCCUCACUAAUCUAAACAUCUCCUACAACAACAUUUCUGGUGUGGUUCCACCUACCAGAAUCUUCUCUCGGUUUCCCCCCGACAGCUUUCUUGGAAAUCCUAUGUUAUGCGGGAACUGGCUAGGCUCCAUAUGCGACCCAUAUUCAACAAAAUCAAAAGUUUUAUUCUCCAGAACAACCAUCGUUUGCAUGACAUUAGGGUUCGUAAUCCUAAUCGCCAUGGUGACACUCACGAUUCUAAAAUCAAACAAAUCAAAACAGUACAUCACAGAAGCCAACAAAGGCGUACAAGGUCCUCCGAAACUUGUGAUAUUACACAUGGACAUGGCGAUUCACACGUACGAUGAUAUCUUAAGAGUGACGGAAAACUUCAACGAGAAAUACAUAAUCGGAUAUGGAUCAUCAAGCACGGUUUAUAAAUGUUGUUUGAAAAACUCCCGACCUAUUGCAAUUAAGCGGCUUUAUCCUUACACUCAAUACCAACAUAACUUUUUCCAUGAGUUUGAAACUGAACUUGCUACAAUUGGAAGCAUCCGUCAUAGAAACCUUGUGAGCUUACACGGUUACUCCCUUUCACCUACUGGAAACCUCCUUUUCUACGACUACAUGCCCAAUGGUUCCCUCUGGGACCUUCUUCAUGGGCCAUCGAAGAAGGUGAAAUUGGAUUGGGAAACGCGACACAAGAUAGCAGUAGGGGCAGCACAGGGACUGGCGUAUCUUCACCACGAUUGUAACCCAAGAAUCAUCCAUCGAGAUGUCAAGUCUUCCAAUAUUCUACUCGACGAGAAUUUCGAACCUCACUUAUCCGAUUUUGGAAUCGCCAAAUCUCUCCCAACAACAAAAACCUACGCCUCCACUUACGUUUUAGGAACAAUCGGCUACAUAGAUCCAGAAUACGCCAGAACAUCUCGCGUAACCGAAAAAUCAGACGUCUACAGUUUUGGCAUCGUUCUUCUUGAGCUGUUGACCGGAAAGAAAGCCGUUGAGAACGAAUCAAACUUGCAUCAACUGAUAUUGUCAAAGGCGGAUGAUAAUACGGUGAUGGAGGCGGUGGAUCCGGAAGUGUGGGUGACGUGUAUGGAUUUGGGGGAUGUGAAGAAGACGUUCCAGCUGGCUUUGUUGUGUACGAGGAGAAAUCCUUGUGAGCGGCCCACGAUGCAUGAGGUGGCGGGGAUAUUGCAAUCGUUGUUGACAGGUGUCAAGAAGGGUGGUGGUGGGGAGAAGAAGUAUGAGAAAAUGGUGGUGGGAGAUGAUAGGAAAAAACAGGGGAAUGAGGAUGAGAAUUCAUCUGAUGCGCAGUGGUUUUUUAAGUUCCGUGAACUUGUGUCGAAUCACACGUUUUAGUAAGGAAGUAAGGGAAGUAUAUGAUAUAUGUUUUUGUUGUGUGUUUUGGUUUUUGGUCUGAUGGAUAUGAUAAAUUUUUUGAAUUAGGAAGGAAACACGGUGUAAUGUCUGUUAUAACUUAUAUUAUCAUGUAAUGCUUGGUUGGUUGGUUGUAAAAACUGAUACACAAGGUGAAGCUGUUAUAUUUUGGACCUCA